CAAAAUAAACGCUCCUGAUGUCUGCACCUACAAGCGCAGUACUAGAUUAUUAUCGUCCGUUUUCUUCAUCAGCGUGCCUCAUGUGAUUUCCUCAAACAUGUCCAAAAAACAAAAGACAUCGAACGCGAACGCUUCUUCGCUGACGGCGGACGCCAUCCGAACGCGCACCGAAUCGUUGGAGUCAAACUUCCGCUGGUUGGAGUUCGAUGACAACUCGACACCUAAGCCACCGAUCGAUCCGGACACUUGGCUGGAAAUCGGCCCCCGGCUGCAAACCAUCGACCAGGAGACCAAGUUUUGCGACGGGGAAAUCUUGCGGGAGGUUCUGCAGCUUCGGUCCUCGCUGGACGAUCGCGAUCAGCAGGAAGUGCGAUGGGCUCGGAACAGAUCGAAUCCGUUCGAUGUGAAAGCGGGGCAGUUUAUGACCCGAGCCGCGGUGAAGAUCGCCAAUGUGGAUGCCAUUUUCGGGUGGCAACUGUGCCAGAGGGGUGAAUCAGAUAAUCUGAUGUACUUUGUGGACGUUUUCGGAGGGCCGGGAGGUUGCAGCGAGUAUGUCCUGUGGCGGAAUGAUGGUUGGAACGCGAAGGGAUUCGGAUUCAGUACGAAGGGUGAUUACGAGUUCCAUCCGGAGAUGUUCCGGAUGGGAGCGCCGGAGAGUUUCGAUCCGUUCUACGGGGCGAAUGACGAGGGGAAUAUCUUUGAUCCGGAGAACGUGGCGUCGUUUGUGGAGUACGUAAAGUCACAAACGGACCGACUAGGGGCGCAUCUGAUAAUGUGCGACGGAGGAUUCUUCGUGAAGAACAAUUGCCAGGAGAUCAUCUCGAAGCAGCUGUACCUGUGCUUGGUGCUGCUGGCCGUUGCGGUCAUAAGACCCGGGGGAAACGCUAUCCUGAAAGUGUUCGAUCUGUACACAUCGUUCAGCGUUGGAUUGGUGUACAUUCUGACCAAGUCCUAUGGAAAAGUUUCGAUUGUUAAGCCGGCUUCCAGUCGACCAGCCAAUUCCGAGCGCUAUCUGGUCUGUCAGAACCGAUUAAACCGGGAAUCAUUGUUCGCGAGGUACCUGAUGUCGAUCAAUCAAGUUCUGUGGGAAAACAAGCACUGCGAUCACGACAUAAUUCAUCUGGUGUCCCCAAAAACCAUGCAAGAGGACACGGACUUUUACAAUUUCAUUCGGAAUUCCAACGAAGAUCUGGCCCGCAAACAGAUAGCCGGUUUGAAGGCCUUGAUCGACAACGUCCAGGGCGUUCGCCCAGCGGAGAAAGUCGACCGGCAACUGGUACAGGACACUUUAUGGCGCCAAUGGAAGCUAGACCACAAGAGUCGGAUUUCGCCGACCGAUGGAUUUGCCAAAUGUGCCCCAGACUACGCCUUGGAGUGUGUAGGAAAGACCACCCUAGAACUGUUCGAAUCAUCUGAUACACCGCUCUGUGGUAAGCGAUUGCUUAAGAAGACCUUCGGUAACCCCAACGAUUGGUUCUUCAUGCCGGUUGAUGUGACGGCGGAUCAGGGCAGGAGCAUCCGGACGGUGUUCCUAAGCAAGGGCAAUGGCAACGUGUUCUGCUACGAUCGGGAGAAAGCCAACUGGACCCAGAUCAAGGACUAUCAGGUGGUUCUGUCGCCGCGGACCGUUCUGUACGGGGAAAUCGUUGAGGAGAUUUCCGCCAAGGGUGAAAAGCAGAAGAUCGUCCACGCGUUGCACAUCAUCGACGCCAUUCUGCUGGGCGGUCAGGAAGUCCGUGGCCUUCCCCUCGACAAGCGAAACAUCCUUUGCUGCAAGUUCGCCAAAGCCAUGAAUCGACCUCUAUCCCAUCAAAAUUCGUCCUCCGUUCGUCCAAUCCCGGUGCGAUGCAAGACGUUGCUCCCCAUGAUGGAACUGGACAGCUUUUUUAGCAACGUUUCCAUCCACGAGCUGAUCAACGGAGCCAAAGUGAUCGGAAGCGAUCUGGACAGCUUCGAUGCGCAGGAAUCGAAACGAUUCUACAUUCCCCGCGGAUUGCUGUUCGUGCGGAGUGUUCAAACGGCCUCGAAGGGAGCCGAGAAGCAGCUGGACUUCGGGAAGGCAUUCGCCAGCCGUAUUCUUUGGGCUUGGAGCAAGACCAGCCAGAUCUACUCGUCGGCGCAGCGGUUCGACGUGGCCAAAGAGCCGAACCUGGUCUAUCGGCAGGAUUUCGAUGAGUUUAUCGAAAAGUGCGGCGAUAAAAAGUAACACGUACGCUAUAGACGAUACGCUUUAAAGGGUGGGUCGUAGUCUCGAAAGGAGACUACAAAAUUUAUGAAUUUAAAUUUUGAUAUGUAUUAUGAUUUGAUCGUUCGAUAAAUGUACUUCAUUUUGGUGAUUAAAACUUGACUUGAAAUAAAGGUAAAUGUACCCUAGGAGUAG